AGAAGAAGAAAGUGCUAUGUUGUUAUAUUUCUCUAGGCAAGAUGUCGGGACACGACCAGUUGGUCCUCUGCCUAUGUGAAUUAACAAGGUUGCUGUGGAAGUUGCUGCUGCCCCUGCUGUUCCUGUGCGUACUUCUGAUCGCUGUCCUGGUCCUGCUGGUGCUGGCUGUGCGCUUCUGGCUUCAGAGCAGCAGGAAUGCUCGGCGGGCGAGGGACGGCCGUCCCGCGGUGGCCUUCUUCCACCCCUACUGCAACGCUGGUGGUGGGGGAGAGAGAGUGCUCUGGUGUGCUAUCAGGGCACUGCAGAACAGGUACAUGGACAUCAACUUUGUGGUGUACACGGGGGACCUGGGUGUUACAGGUCAACAGAUCCUGGAGGGGGCACGACGCCGCUUUAACAUCGUGCUCCCCCGCCCGGUUCAGUUUGUGUACCUGAGGCACCGGCUGCUCGUGGAGCCCGGUUUGUUUCCUCAUUUCACCCUGCUGGGGCAGAGCGUGGGCUCCGUCUUCCUGGGAUGGGAGGCGCUGACGGAGUUCGUCCCGGACCUUUACAUCGACUCCAUGGGCUACGCCUUCACACUGCCUCUGUUCCGCUACUUGGGGGGCUGCAGCGUGGGGAGCUACGUUCACUACCCAACCAUCAGCACUGACAUGCUGUCUGUAGUGAGAGAGAGGAACCCCAGGUUCAACAACCCAGACUACGUCUCCAACAGUCUGUUCCUGAGUGCCUUCAAGGUGGUCUACUACUGCCUGUUUGCCCUGCUCUACGGCAUGGCCGGCUCCUGCAGCGACCUCAUCAUGGUCAACUCCUCCUGGACCCUCGAUCACAUCCUGUCGCUGUGGCGCGCCCCCAACCGCACCUGUGUGGUCUACCCGCCCUGCGACGUCAGCGCGUUCUUGGACAUCCCUCUGGAGGAGGAUGGGGACAGGAAGUGCCACUCGAUCGUUUCCAUUGGGCAGUUCAGGCCGGAGAAGGACCACCGGCUGCAGAUCAGAGCCUUCAAGAAGGUGGUGGACAGGAGGAGGGCAGGGGAGGCGCUGAAGCUGGUUCUGAUCGGUGGAUGCAGGAACCAGGAGGACGAGGAUAGGGUGCUCAUGUUGAGGGGGCUGUGCCAGGAGCUGGGUGUGGCCGACAGGGUGGAGUUUAAAUUGAACGUACCCUUCGACGAGCUGAAGAGAGACAUGGGAGACGCCACCAUCGGGCUGCAUACCAUGUGGAAUGAACACUUUGGAAUAGGUGUGGUGGAGUGUAUGGCAGCAGGCAAGGUCAUUCUGGCACACAAGUCCGGCGGUCCCAAGCUGGACAUUGUGGUACCUUUCGAGGGAAGCCAGACGGGCUUCCUGGCUGAUGAUGAGGACAGUUACACGGAGGCCAUCGAGAAGAUCCUGGCGCUGCCGCCCGCCAGCCGGAUGGACAUCAGACGCAAUGCACGUCAGUCCGUGGCUCGCUUUUCAGAUCAGGAGUUUGAGGCCAGCUUCCUCGCUGCUGUGGAGCCUCUGAUGGGAACACUUGAACGAUGAGGAGGACUCUUUGAGUGUGCGUGCAUGUACAGUUAAAGGGAUAGUAGCUAUUGACACUGAGCACCUUUACUUUGAUUUUCACGGUUAAAUCAGGUACAGAUAGAAUCUAAGUUUGUCUAGGCAGCCAAGAAAAUAUCUGAUUUUUGCCUUGCCUCAUAUUCCAGCGACAGGAAAGUGUUUGUUUCUGUUAGAGUUGUGUUUGUAAAUACUUGGUUAUCCUCUGAAAUGCUGUUACCGCAUUUUUACAGGACACAUUCCUUUGAUAGUAGUAUAAAAACGUAUAUUAUAUUUAAUACGGUAAAAACUGCUGAAGAGGAACAAAUGACAGACA